AUGAGAAUGCAACUCUUGCGCGCUCUAUGCAUCUACUGGGUAGGUACAGAAUGCCUGCGCCUCAGUGACUGUGUGCCGGAGAGUGCAUGCGUGGACCCCCUGAAAGGCAAGAAGGUGUAUUCCUUUUAUGUCCCCGCAAGUCCCCUCUUAAGAGCAAGGAAGGGGCGAACCCAAAAGACCCAUGCCCACAGGAUAAACAAAUUAGACUCUCAAUGUGAAUACCCAAAUAAUGUGGUGGAAAUGUGCCCGCUUGUUGACAAUCACGUGGGCACGAAGGAGGGAACGGUGACUGAUUCGCAGGGCAGUUUGCAAAGCAGUUUGCGCCCUCGUUCGCAGAGUAAUUCGCUGCGUGACCCACAGCCUAAACAGUGGAGUGGUGAAGAGAGGGGGAGGAAAAUCCUCAUCGGCAAUUGGAAGUGCUAUCUCACAAAGAAAGAAGCAUACCCACUAAUUGACGCAUUUACAAAAAUAAAAUAUUCAAAUUAUCUCGACCUUGUUUUAUCCCCUAACAUAUUGUUCAUGCCCUAUCUCCUGGACAAAAUUGAAGAAAAUAAUUCGAAGAUCUUUGCCUGCUCCCAAGACAUCAGCUUGGCAAGCGGCUUAGGGGCCUUCACCGGAGAAACCACAGCCGAUUUAAUAAAACAGUUUGGUACAAAGUACACCAUAAUCGGACACAGUGAGAGGCGUCGAGGGUUUCACAGCAACAAUGGGGAGACACUGGAACAGAUAGCGCAGAAGGUACAUAAUGCUGUUCAGUCCAAACUGAAAGUUAUCUUAUGCGUAGGGGAUGAUUAUCAGGAUGAGCACAACCCAUUCACAUCAUCAAAGACGAGAAGAUUGCUUUCUCUGAUCAAGCAGACAAUUCCGAAGGACGAGAUGCAAAACAUUAUCAUAGCCCUGGAACCCAGCUUCGCCAUCGGCACCGGCAAAUCCGUGACGGCUGACUUUUUGAAUACCUGCUACUGGGAUAUCAAGCGAAACGUAGCAGACGAGGUGGACACGGAAACAAGCGACGCAGUAAAAAUCGUGUACGGUGGAUCGGUGACCAGGCACAACAUGCAGAACUACAUGGAAGAAACCCCCGUUGAUGGAUUCCUCAUAGGAAAGGGUUCACUGAACGAGACCUUUAUUGACAUAAUAAAGUACGUUGACCAAUCCUGCGUGUCCAAUGCGUAG